AUGGUUUCUGCUAUGACCAACAAGAAGAGUUCAUUGAAAGGCCUGUUUCUAGCCACCGUGCUGCUGGCUAAUAUGUUCCUUUCAAGGAAGUGUGUAACAUCUUCACCCAUUUGUCCCAAUGGGUCCGACACUUGCCAGGUUUCUCUUGGGGACCUUUUUGACCGUGCUGUUAAACUCUCCCAUUAUAUCCACUCUCUGUCUUCUGAAAUGUUCAAUGAAUUUGACGAACGCUAUGCUCAGGGCCGAGGGUUUAUUGCAAAAGCCAUUAACAGCUGCCAUACUUCUUCCCUAACCACUCCUGAAGAUAAAGAACAAGCUCAGCAGAUACAUCAUGAGGACCUCCUAAAUCUAGUCUUGAGUGUACUCCGUUCCUGGAAUGACCCUCUAUUACAUCUGGUCUCUGAGGUGCAAAGAAUCAAAGAAGCUCCUGAUACCAUUCUCUGGAAGGCCAUGGAGAUUGAGGAGCAAAAUAAACGACUUCUAGAGGGGAUGGAGAAAAUAGUUGGACGGGUUCACCCAGGUGACUUAGGCAAUGAAGUCUAUUCUAGAUGGACUGGGCUCCCAUCCCUCCAACUCGCUGAUGAAGAUUCUCGCCUCUUUGCCUUCUACAAUCUGCUGCACUGUUUGCGUCGGGACUCCCACAAAAUUGACAACUAUCUGAAACUCCUGAAGUGUCGCCUCAUCCAUGACAGCAAUUGUUGA